CUCUCUCUCUCUCUCUCUCUCUCUCUCUCUCUCUCUCUCUCUCUCUCUCUUUUUCUUUCUCUCUCUCUCUCUGCAGGGACCAGCGCUCCACACCCACCCCUCCAUCCUCCAUCCUUCAUCCGCCUACGUCUGAACAGACCUCACACCCUACAGCCCACCAUCGAGCCCCAGCCCCGGCGGACGGACGCGGCGGUGACGAUGAUUCAGAUGAUUAGCUCUUCCUCAUGAGCUCAGCGCUGUCAGGGUGACGAAAGUGGCACAUUGAAAAGCUGAUGACCAUGAACUUCAUGCCCCUUUUGUCGCUCUCCCUGGUCCUGCAAAGCGCAAAAGAUGUAGUAGCAGGGCAGUGCUGGCAAGGGGCUACAUACUCUGAGACGGUGGUGUCUCCCGAGCUGAGGAGCAGCAGCAUCCUGCGGGUCCCAGAAGUGCUCUCUCUGACCCAGUGUGCAGCGGCCUGCUGUGAUCUUCCAGGCUGUGACCUGGCCUGGUUCUUUGAGAGACGUUGCUAUGUUCUCAGUUGCCAGCAUAAAGAGAACUGCCAGCCAAAAAAGCGUCCCGGCACAGACUCCCUGUUGGCUUUUCUGCAGCGCGGUCCUCCUCAGACACUGGUACUACAGUCCCUGGUACGAGGCGAGCCAUACCCCAGCCACUGGCGUCCGCUGCCCAGACACAGAGGCCCGGAGGACCCUUUAAAGGACUUGGCUUUGUUAGGGGGCAUUCCAGAUUUGGAUAACUCUCCAGUGGACUACCCUGACAGCUACAGAACUUCGGAGGAUGGGGGAAGAGGAGAUGACCUCAGCGAGGAGAAAACCAGCUCAAAGGUAGAGCACAGAGAAAGCCCUGGACUGCCUGAUUGGCCUGCGCUUCAAGAAAGUGAUGGGUUUAAUGUUUCUGAGACAGAGGGAGGUAGACGAAAACCCUCACAGCCGGAUGCUGCCGAGGGCAGCCGAGUUGCACCCAGCUCACCUUCAACAGUGACGGAUGGAAGGACAACAUCUAACAGUCCACCACUGCCUUCACUGAGGCCUUCAGAAUCCCCUCUGCCCACCAUACUGGAGGAUGAAGACCAGUUUAACAUCUCCUUCACAAGCAUGGAACCAACAGCCAUACUGCAGCUUUUUAGCACAGAUCCAUCCAUGUUAGGGAGUCUCCCAGUCAGCAGCUCUCUUCCCUCUCAGCCUGAUAUGGACACCACACCUCAGGCCACAUCUUCACAGCCAGCACAAACCCUGGAUGUGUUUAUCAGAAGCACUGGUGAAGUGACGCUACCCGAGAAUACAAUAGAACUAACUGCCUCAGUCAGUCCAGAGACUGAAACAGAGAUCCCUUACACAUACGAAUGGAGUUUGGUCAGCUCUCCCAGUGAACAGCAGGCAGAGAUGGAGGGAAAACACAACAGGACUGUGAAAAUAUCUGAUCUGUCUGCAGGCGUAUAUGUUGUCAGAGUAAGUGUGAAAGGGAAGGAGGCCUAUGGGGAAAGUGUUGGAAACUUCACAGUGUACCCAGAAGAGAGGCGGAAUAUUCCCCCCAAAUCAGUUGCUCUGCCUAAACACCAGGAUGUGUCUCUCUCAGAUGGAUCCAUCAUCUUCAUUAAUGGGAGUCAGAGCUCAGAUGAUACAGGUGUAGUGGGUUACCUGUGGGAGCAGGUAGAUGGACCUCUGUGGAAAAGUGAAGCCCCUAUGGAUAUGCCUGUACUCCGCCUGCAGAACAUCACUGCUGGAGAAUACACCUUCAGGCUGACGGUGACUGAUCCUGAAGGGCUGACGGACUCCAGCACUGCCACACUGACAGUCAGCAGUCCAAAAGACAACCCUCCGGUGGCCAGAGCAGGCAGUGACCAGGUCAUCACUCUGCCCCUGAAUCACCUCACUCUGUGGGCCAAUCAGAGCACAGAUGACCUUGCCAUCACUGGCUACCUGUGGAGCCUUCAGUCCAGCAGCUCAGCUAAAGCAGCAACCAUGCGGGGAAUAAGAUCUCUGGCUCUGCAGCUGUCUGAACUUCAGGAGGGUCAGUACACUUUCCUGCUCACCGUCACUGACUCCAGUAGCCAGCAGGACUCGGACACUGUUGUAGUCACUGUGCUUCCUGAGAACAGAGCUCCAGUAGCUGUAGCAGGACCAGACAGACAGCUGCUCCUUCCAACCAGCAGCGUCAUGCUAAACGGCACUGACAGCUCUGAUGACCAGGCCAUCACAAACUACCAGUGGGAAAUUCUCAGUGGUCCUCCUGGCUCUAAGAUAAAAGAUGCUGACAAGGCUGUUGCCAUGGUGACGGGGCUCCGGGCUGGGAGUCACAAGAUUAAGCUGACUGUUCAGGACCAGCAGGGGGAGGCAGACAGCGCUGUGAUCACUGUUACAGUCACAGAGGCUAAAAGCCUGCCUCUGAUUGCUCACGCCAGUGGCAGCCACACACUCACCUUACCCAACAACUCGCUAGUGCUGAGGGGCUCUGCAUCGAACUGCGGCUCCGUCAACGUGUCCUAUCUGUGGGUCAGAGAUGAGCAGAGUCCAGCUGCAGGGGAUGUUCUUUAUGGAUCAGAUCAUGAGGCCUUCCUCUACCUGGCCAACCUGGUUGAGGGCACUUACCUGUUCCGACUGCGGGUUGCUGAUUCUCAGGGCCGCUCCAGCUCCGCAACAGCCACUGUGGAAGUGCGUCCUGACCUGCGUGAGCGGGAGGAGGUGGAGUUAGAGCUGCAGGUGGCCGUAGCUCAGGUCAGUCAGCAGCAGAAGGACACGGUGGUGAGGCAGCUGGCUGCUCUGCUGCAUGUGAUGGACACUGACAUCGCUCUGAAAGGUCUGCAUGGCCAGUCUGAUAUCAGCACAGUGUUCAGAUUCUCGGUUCAGGGUCCUGACGGGACGAUUCCUGGCCCAAAACUGGCUCGUAUUUUGCGGUUUCAGUUACUGAAGGAGAAAACGGACUUCCUGCUCUUUAAGGUCCUCAGAGUGGACACAGUCAUGUGUUUGCUGCUGUGUUCUGGGCGUGGUCAGUGUGACCCCGUCUCGAGAAGCUGUUCGUGUGAUCCACUGUGGAUGGAGAACCCCUUUCGCCGCUUCCUCGAUGACAACGAGAGCAACUGUGACUGGAGUGUACUGUAUGUCACAAUCUGCUGUCUAGUGGUGGUCAUUUUUCUUGUGUCUACAAGCUGGGCCUGGUGUAAAAGAGGGAGACGCACAAAAGUAAGGAAAAAAACGAAGUACACAAUACUGGACAACAUGGAUGAACAGGAGAGAAUGGAACUGCGGCCAAAAUACAACAUCAAACACAGGAGCACCAAGCACAACUCCAGCCUGAUGAUGUCCGAGUCAGAGUUUGACAGCGAGCAGGACACUGUGUUCAGUUAUGAGAGGACGGACAGAGCCAGGAACCGAGUGAAUGGAGCCAUUACCAACGGAGAUGCCUACAGCCUGCGCCCUGUUGAAGGCUGAGACUCGUUUUCUUGUUUCUCAAUAACUAUACACUGUUCAGUUAAAGAGUCAGGGCAGGGAAUCGAGCGUUUACAGAGACUGGCUGAAUGUAUCGACUGAUCAGAGGUUUUUAAAAGGAUUACACAGAAUUCUGAAUGUAAAUAGUUUUGUUUAUUAUGCACUUCCUACUGUUAGUGGCUGCUAUUUUACUCGUGGUUUUAUCUUUGCCUAUUAAUAAUCAGAAACAGCUAGUGGGAAAACACCAAAAACUUCAUAUGAAUUCUUUUCAGGUAUUUAAACGCAUGUUUUGGCUUUUAAAAGCAUCCCACUGCUGAGUGACAUCUGCUCUUUGACACUAAUUGCCCUCAGUUUAAGAAAUAUGACAAUCUGCCAUUUGAUUAGUAAGUAAACUCCCUCUCCUUCAGUUUUAUUUUCUGAUUGUACUGAAAGGAAACAUCCUUUAAUGUUAAUGCCAAUGCCAAUGUUGUGACACCAAAUGUUUAAAUGAAGCUACAUUUACAAUUGUUUAUCAAUUAAAAGUGUGAAAACAUUA